UCGGUUCGUGGAUCUUCACCUGCAUUGUCGGCCGAGUCUUAAAGUCAUUCCUCGGCGGUUAACUUCUCUCAGGAACCUGCACCUCGUCGCAAGGGUGACGCGUCUCCCCGAUACUAUCACCUCGUUACAGUCACUCAAGUCCUUCGUGCUGAACGUUCCCAGCCUGGACGGUCUGCCGCGGGAUUUCGGCAAGCUGAUUCACCUGAAGUCGCUGCAGCUGGAAAGAUGCUGGUUCCUCAUGACGCUUCCGAAAUCCUUCGGGAAACUUGCCAGUUUAGACCAUCUUUCCCUCAAUCAGUGCUGGAAGCUUCAGCUGCCCAAGUCCUUCACCGAGCUCUCUUCUCUGAUGGUCCUGGAGAUUCGAAGAAGCAGAGCCGCUUUUCCGCUGUCUGUGAAUUUCGGUCAUUUCCGGGCGCUUGAAACUCUAGUUUUGGAGGAGGUUACGGGAAUGAGAGACCUACUUGAGACUCUCGAGCAGAUGCAGCGGUUGAAGCUCCUUUCUGUGAAGGACCGGAGGAUGCCAUCUCUGCCCAGGUCUCUCUCGCGCCUCUCUUCUCUCACCAGCCUCAACCUCGACGUGCCAAAACUUUCAGCGCUGCCCGACGAUAUCGGGCAGUUAUCAAGGCUUCGGACUUUUAUGCUGGAUUCGAGGAGCCUGACGAGCCUUCCUGAUUCCAUUGUUAUGGCCACCGCCCUCCAAGAGCUCUCCCUCAAUAACCUUUCGAAUUUGACAUCUCUGCCCAAGGAAUUCAGGCAUCUGAAUGCCUUGAAGAAAUUGUUACUCAUUCGCCUUCCAGUACUCACCCACCUGCCCGAAUCUCUGGGACAACUGACAGACCUCCGGCAGUUCAUACUUGUGGAAUGUUAUCAACUGCAGCAGCUGCCGGAUACUCUCUGCUAGCUGUCUUCUCUUGACUGGUUGGGAAUCUAUGUUUGCUCGAGCCUCACUGCGCUACCAGGUGGCAUGGGGAACAGCCUGCCGAGUCUGCGAAAGCUAGAGGUGCACCUCUGCAGGGCGUUUGCCCACCUGCCCCCAUCCUUCUCCGGCUUGUCGUCCCUCGAAUCCCUCAGCAUCCUGCAAGCAGAAACCAACAGAGGCGAGCUGCUGGCUGGCCCUGGCUGCCUGACAAGCCUCGAGGGACUUGGCUGCGUGAGACGCCUCAAGGAGCUCUCUCUCAGUUCCAUGCCCCACCUCUCUUCCCUUCCCGCCUCCAUCUGCGGCCUUUCCGCGCUCACCAGCCUGGAAGUGGCAAACUGCCCUAAGAUAAAACACCUGCCUGAGGAGAUCGGACGGCUGGAGUUGCUCGAGAAGGUCAGGAUCUCUCAAAUGGACGGCCUGAAACGCCUUCCUCGGUCAUUGCAUGAGUUGCGCCGAGUGCGGGUGCUAGAGGUGCUGGCGUGUUGUGGCCUCACCAGCUUGCUAUGGGAUGAAGGGCUGGGGAAUACCUUGGGUGGCGGCAGCAGCAGCAGCAGCAUCAGCAGCAACGUCAACGGUCCUACCAUGGGUGUCAGCAGCACACUCCUUCCGUCCCUCCAGAGCCUCAAAAUGAAGGAGCUUAUGCUCGAAUCCUUUCCUCCACCCGUCUACCGUCUGACCUCUCUAACCACACCGAAGCUUGUCAAGAUGAACCGACUUCUGUCGCUUCCUGAUUCCAUUUCCCAGCUCUCACAGCUGCAGGCACUUCAGAUCUCUCACUCGGGAAAAUUCGAAGCCCUUCCGGAAACACUUGGAAGCCUCUCACGGCUUACCACCCUUCAGUUAAUUGGCCUUGAAAGUUUGCAGGAGCUGCCCGAGUCCUUGGGGCAGCUGAAGAUGCUCCGGACUCUGGAUAUUAUCGAUUGCCCCAUGAUAAUGCGACUUCCAGAGUCCUUCCCAGAUCUUCCCAAGCUGCAGUCGUGCUCUCUUGUUAAGCUCGGCAUUUCUUCCAUUCCUGACGACUUUUGGAAGCUGUCUUCCCUCCUGGAGUUGGCGAUAAAGGGAUUGGGGAACCUGGGCAGUGUGCCUGAGUCUUUCACUCAGCUGCCUCGGCUGCAGCUGUUGGAGACGAGCUCAUGUACAGCGCUGGAUCUGAUAUUCACCUCUCUCAAGAAAAUGCCAACGUUGUGGGAAUGGUCGAUCAGUGCGAGUGAUAUGCUUUCCGAGCGACAAGCACGGGCGAUUGCUCGAAGGGGAGGGGACUCAUUGGGUGAUGAGGGCGAGGAAGAGGAGGCGGAUGACUCGCGUUAUGAAUAUGAAGAGAUUGUAUAUGAGAAUGGAUGGGAGGAAAGAGACCGGGAGGAGGAAUGGGGAGGUUGGGAGGAACGCGAAGAGGAUGUGGAGUAGGGGGGGGAGGGUUGGAAGUUAUUCGACUAGUUAAACGUAGUUAGGUAGCUAGGUAGGUAGGAGCCAUGGAAUGGUGUAAGGGUUUAGGCUAGGAGAAAAUUUCGAGAGAAAAGAGAGUUUGGAAUAGUAGAGGAGAUACAAGGGGGGGUAGUCCCCUCUACAGUAGGAUUCAAUAAGUAGCACAACUAUCA